UUAAAGUUUUCAUCGCGUCUUUCUAAAAAAGGAUUUUUCUCUCUUAAAAAAUCUACAAAAAAUACAUAAAAAAUCAUUAUAUUUUACAUAAAUAAUUGCUUAAACUAUUAACAAAUACAAAUUCUAUAUAUUCAUCUAUCUAUUAAAACCAAAAUAUACUUUAAUUGUGCAUUUUAUUGAUGAUUAAAAAUGUGGUGGAAGUGAAGUUUUUGCAAGAGUCUGUCUGUGUGUGUUUUUGUCUACUAAUAAAAAAGUCAAUCGAUUGUGAAGCACCUUCGACAGAAAAUGGCUUCGCCCUCGCCGGCAAAUAGCCCAAUGCCACCACCACAAGCACCCAGUCCAAUGGGGCCACCAUCACAAAGUCCAGCACCUUCGCCGUCGCCACAUAGUCCAUAUCCACAUCAGCAAGGGCCUCCAGUGGGACAACAACAACAACAACAAUGUCCCCCAAUCGGCGGUCCCCCUCCACACGGACCACCUCAACAUGGUCCUCCGCAGCAUGGUCCACCUUCUGGUGGGCAACAUGGACCACCACAACAUGGUCCGCCAGGUGGGUCACAUAUUCCGCCACCCGGGCAACACGGUCAACCGCCGCACCAUGGUCCGCCAGUGCCGCAUCCAGGUGGCCCAUAUGGUGGACCCCAUUCGCAUCCGCACGGACAACAUGGUCCGCCUGGAGGACCCCAUGGACCGCAACAACAUGGUCCACAGGGUCAACAUGGUCCGCCACCUGGACAACAUGUCCAACACGGUCCGUCACCUCAGCACGGACCGGCUGGGUCACAUGGUCCGCCGGGAUCGCAUCCACCAACUCCACACGGUCCUCCUGGGUCACAUCCACCGAAUUCUCAUGGUCCGCCAGUUUCACAUGCUCCCGGGUCUCAUGGGCCACCUUCGUCGGGUUCGCAUCCUUCUGGUUCGCAUGGUCCACCUGGUGGACAUGGUCCGUCUUCGCAUGGCCCAUCGCCACAUGGUCCAUCGCCUCAUGGGCCGUCUCCCCAUGGUCCUGGCCAACAUGGUCCUUCUGGGUCUCAUAUUCAACAGGGAAAUCAAGGUCCACCACAGCAUAUGAAUGGUCCACCGGGUCAACCACCGCAGGGUCAUCAUAUGCCACCACAUCAUCAAGGAAUGGGUCCUCAUUUAGGUAUGCAAAUGGCACCACAAGGACCAUCUAUGUCACCAAUGGGUUAUCAAACGCAUUCAAUGCCAUCAAAUGGUCCACCAGCACCUGGCCAACCACCAUCAGGCGGACCUGGACAAGAGAACUUAAAUGCCCUUCAAAGAGCAAUCGAUUCAAUGGAGGAGAAGGGCCUUCAAGAGGAUCCUCGUUACUCCCAACUUUUGGCUCUACGCGCCACAUCUAAACACCAGCAUUUUACUGGAAAUCAAGUGAAUAUGCUACGAACUCAAAUUACCGCAUAUCGUUUAUUAGCUCGAAACAAACCGAUAUCAAUUCAAGUGCAACAAAUGCUUCAGCAGCAGCAACAACAACAGCAACAGCCUCCCCAGCCACAGCAACAUCAACCACAACAACAGCAGCAGCAGCCACCGCAAGGUCCACCACAGCCACCAAACGCCGGACCUGGUCCCCAACAACCUCAGCAACAAAAUCAACCGCCUCCAGGUGGUGUUCGUCAAGAUGGUACCCCACCACAAUGCCCAACACCACCCAGUAGCCCAUUCCAACCAGGCGUUAACAAAAUGGGCGGUCAGCAGCCAAUGCAACCACCAAUGCAGCAGCCUCCUCCAGAUCAUUCAAUGCCGAACGGUGCAAAACCACCUAUGAUGGGCGGAGGACAGCCACCAAUUUCAAGUCCAAUGCAAGCAAGCAUGGCACAAGGCAAUCGCCAAAUGCCACCUGGAAUGCCAAUGCCACAGGGUCCACCAGGACCAAAGCCCGCAGCUCCGCCACCACAACAACCAAUGCCAAAACCAAAUCGGGUUACUACCGUGGCAAAACCAAUUGGUCUUGAUCCGAUAACAUUGCUACAAGAGCGUGAAAAUCGCAUUGCUUCAAGGAUAUCACUCCGCAUGCAAGAGCUACAAAGACUCCCUGCAACAAUGCCCGAAGACCUUCGACUUCAAGCUGCUAUAGAGCUACGAGCACUGCGUGUUUUAAAUUUCCAACGUCAACUCCGUAGUGAAAUCGUCCAAUGCACUCGACGCGAUACAACUCUAGAAACUGCUGUCAAUGUCAAGGCCUACAAACGCACCAAGCGUCAAGGCCUCCGCGAAGCUCGAGCAACUGAAAAACUCGAAAAGCAACAGAAACUAGAAGCCGAACGCAAAAGACGCCAAAAACAUCAAGAAUUUCUGGCUGCUGUUCUUCAACAUGGCAAAGAUUUCAAAGAGUAUCAUCGCAACAAUAAAGUACAGCUGGCACGUAUGAACAAGGCAAUUAUGAAUUAUCAUGCCAAUGCAGAAAGAGAACAAAAGAAGGAACAAGAACGCAUUGAAAAAGAACGUAUGCGCCGUUUGAUGGCUGAGGACGAAGAAGGUUAUCGUAAGCUGAUUGAUCAAAAGAAAGACAAACGUUUGGCAUUCCUUUUGUCACAAACCGAUGAGUACAUUUGUAAUCUCACCGAAAUGGUCAAGCAGCAUAAAGAUGAUCAAAAGAAAAAGAAGGAAGAAGAAUGCAAACGUAAAGUUCGUUACAAGAAAGAGUUGUUGGCAAGUGGUGAAUACCAAUCAAUCGAUGAGAAUUGUCUUGCUGCUGAUAUGCGCGUAAGUGUUAUGGAACAAGCAACUGGCAACAAAUUGAGCGGCGAUGAUGCCCCAUACUUGAAGGAUCUACAUCGAUGGCUGGAAUCUCAUCCUGGCUGGGAUUGGGUUGAAAGCGAUUCCGAUGAUGAGGAUGAAGAAGAGCGUCAAGAAAGAGAAAAUAGAGAACGUUAUGAAGCUAGACACGGAAAGAAAGAAAAAACCGAAGAAGACCUUACCAAGGAGCUUAUCAAGAAGGCCAAGGUUGAAGAUGAUGAAUACCGUACCGAAGAACAAACAUAUUACAGCAUUGCUCAUACUGUUCAUGAGAAGGUUUACGAACAGGCUAAUAUAUUGGUAAAUGGUCAGCUGAAGGAGUAUCAAUUGAAGGGUCUCGAAUGGAUGGUUUCACUCUACAAUAACAAUUUGAAUGGCAUUCUGGCCGAUGAGAUGGGUUUGGGGAAAACCAUUCAAACCAUUGCUCUUGUUACUUAUUUGAUGGAACGCAAAAAAGUCAAUGGACCAUUUUUGAUUAUUGUUCCAUUGUCAACACUUCCCAAUUGGGUGUUGGAAUUCGAGAAGUGGGCUCCAUCUGUUGCUAUUGUUAGUUACAAAGGCAGUCCACAAGGUCGUCGAUUGUUACAGAAUCAAAUGAGAGCAACAAAAUUCAAUGUACUUUUAACCACUUACGAAUACGUUAUUAAAGAUAAAUCAGUUUUGGCUAAAUUGCAAUGGAAAUACAUGAUUAUUGAUGAAGGUCAUCGUAUGAAGAAUCAUCACUGCAAAUUGACACAAGUUCUUAAUACUCACUAUAUGGCACCAUACCGUUUGCUAUUGACUGGUACUCCAUUGCAAAAUAAACUGCCGGAAUUGUGGGCUUUGUUGAAUUUCUUGUUGCCGUCUAUAUUCAAGAGUUGCUCGACAUUUGAACAAUGGUUUAAUGCUCCAUUUGCAACCACUGGUGAAAAAGUAGAGUUGAAUGAGGAAGAAACUAUUUUGAUUAUUCGUCGUUUGCAUAAAGUAUUGCGUCCGUUCUUGUUGCGUCGUCUCAAGAAAGAGGUGGAACAUCAAUUGCCUGAAAAAGUCGAGUAUAUUAUUAAAUGUGAGAUGUCUGGAUUGCAACGAGUACUUUACAAACACAUGCAGAGCAAAGGUGUUUUGCUUACUGAUGGUUCUGAGAAGGGAAAACAGGGCAAGGGUGGUGCCAAGGCUUUGAUGAACACAAUUGUACAGUUGAGAAAACUGUGUAAUCAUCCAUUCAUGUUUCAGCAUAUUGAGGAGAAGUAUUGCGAUCAUAUUGGUGGACAUGGUGUUGUUUCUGGUCCUGAUCUCUACCGUGUAUCGGGAAAAUUCGAAUUACUCGAUCGGAUUCUGCCAAAGCUAAAAGCUUCCAACCAUCGUGUAUUACUUUUCUGUCAAAUGACACAGUGCAUGACAAUUAUUGAAGAUUAUCUAGGAUGGCGUCAAUUUGGCUACUUACGUUUGGAUGGUACAACCAAAGCAGAAGAUCGUGGUGAUCUUUUGAAGAAAUUCAACGCCAAGGAUUCUGAUUAUUUUGUAUUUUUACUCUCAACCCGAGCUGGUGGUUUAGGUCUUAAUCUUCAAGCUGCCGAUACUGUUGUUAUUUUCGAUUCUGAUUGGAAUCCUCAUCAGGAUUUACAAGCACAAGAUCGUGCUCAUCGUAUUGGCCAGAGAAACGAAGUGCGUGUCCUUCGUUUGAUGACUGUCAAUUCAGUCGAAGAACGUAUUCUAGCUGCAGCAAGAUACAAGUUAAACAUGGAUGAGAAAGUCAUUCAAGCUGGUAUGUUCGAUCAGAAAUCAACUGGCAGUGAACGUCAACAAUUCUUGCAGACAAUUUUGCAUCAAGAUGACGGUGAAGAGGAAGAAGAAAAUGAAGUACCCGAUGAUGAGGUUAUAAAUAUGAUGAUAGCUCGUAGUGAAGAUGAAUUGGAGUUGUUCAAGAAAAUGGAUGUUGAUCGCAAGAAAGAAGAUCAAGUUAUUCAUCCUGGAAGGGAACGUCUCAUCGACGAAUCGGAACUGCCCGAUUGGUUGACCAAAGACGAUGACGAAGUUGAAAGAUGGCAUACAUAUGAAGAUGAUAUAAUUCUUGGCCGGGGAUCACGUCAACGCAAAGAAGUCGACUAUACAGAUAGUUUGACCGAAAAGGAAUGGCUAAAAGCAAUCGAUGAUGGUGCUGAAUUCGAGGAAGAAGACGAUGAAGAUCGUGAUUCGAAACGUAAACGUAGUCGUAAACGAAAGAGUCGCAAAGAAGAUUCUGAUGACGAUUCAUUGAUCAUGAUGAAGAGACGUAAGCAACCAGUUGAUAAACGUUUGAAAAAACAAAUGCACAAAAUCAUAAUGACUGUAGUAAAAUACACCAACGAAGAUGGUCGAAAUUUAGCGGAGCCAUUCAUAAAACUUCCGUCACGUCAAAAACUGCCCGACUACUAUGAUAUUAUUAAAAGACCCUUGGAUAUCAAAAAAAUACAACAACGCAUUGAAGAUGGCAAAUAUGCAGAGUUUGCCGAUUUGGAAAAAGACUUUGUACAACUUUGUCAGAAUGCACAAAUCUAUAACGAAGACACAUGCUUAAUCUAUUUGGAUUCAAUUGAAUUGCAAAAAGUAUUUUCGGCGGCACGAAAUCGAAUUUUAGCUUCGAAUGAGCCCGCAUCACCAGAUCAGUCGGAAAAUGAAGACGACGAUGACAAUUCAGAUGAUGAUGGGGGUUCAUCAUCGGUUAAGAUGAAAUUGAAAAUCAACAAGGGUGGUGCUGGUAGCUCGGGUAGUGUACCGGUAACACCAACUCCUGCUUCGAGUGCAUCUAAUUCCAAUUCAUCGACAGCAAAGAAAUCAAGUCGACGAAAACGUUCUCAGAAAAAGUAUACUAUUUCAGAAGAUGAAGAUGACGAUAUGGAUUAGGAGUUGCAAGCAUUUCAAAUGCAUCUGCUUAUUCAUUAUAGUUUUAAGUGUACAAUAGAAUCUUAUAGUUGAUGGUUGGUUUUAGUUUUCUCUCUCUUCGGAAUCAAAUUCUUAUUUAGUUUUUUUUUUUCUUCUUUUUAAAUUGUUCUUUUUUUAAUUUAAUUUUAAUUUAAUUAAUUGUAUGAGAUAUUAUUGUGUUUACUUGUCCCCUUAUCUAAAUGAUUUAUCCACAGUUUAUUCUAGAAUUCAUAUUUUUAUCAUUUUUUAUAAAAAACUAAAAUUAAUCUUUGAGAAAAAUUUAAUUAAAAAUACUUUAGCAUGAUCAACACAAAAUAAGUCUAGGCAUAUAUGCUAAAAUUUGAACUUGAACAUUAUUAGAAAUAUAGUUAAAAAUAACAACAACAACUGCUAUCUUGCAGGAUUUAUUCAUUAAAACUUGGGAAUUUCCUUGAUUUUUUUUUCUGUUUGACGUAGAGAACAAUAAAAUAUAUUUAAAUGUA